UAACGACACGAUUAAUCAAUAGUGUGCUCACUACGACUCCCCUCGCAAAACCAAAACCCAUUCCCCCACAAUCCAUCCAAUUCCUCCCUAUAAAUUCCCUUCCCCUUCCUUACUUUUUCCAAUUCCUCUGCUUCUCGAAUUCCCUGUUCAGCAAAAAGACACAUUAAAAAGUUCCCAUGGCAGAAGAGUUCCAGGAAUCCGAAGUCAUUUUCCAGGAAAAUGUAGUGAACGGAGGAGCCGACGUUGUCGAGUGCCGAAUUUCCAGGAAAGAAAACCCAAAGAGGAAAAAGAAGAAGAUGAGUUCGAUUCCGGUGGAUAUACCAGAGGCUUAUUCCGGGAAUCCUUGGGUACGGUGCGUUGAAUUGGAUUUCUUCGAAGACAACAAGGACGAGGAGUUGGUGCCGCCUCACGUGAUUGUGGGUCGGCGGAUUUUUGCCGGGAAAAUGGCGUUUUCGGUGUGCAGUGGAAACGGGAGGACAUUGAAGGGGAGGGAUUUGAGUCAAGUCCGGAAUUCAAUUCUCAGGAUGACUGGUUUCCUGGAAACGUGACCCUUCGGGUUUCCAAAAUUAGGUUUAAUUUAGACUAUACAAAUCAGACAAAUAAGAAAGUAAAGCGAAGGAAAUGAUUUUUUUUCCAUUGCUUAUGUGUGAAUGUCUUCACGAUUGAACUUGGAUUUAAAUUCUCAUUCAUUGUAAACAGAAAAUGAAGAUUCGGAGUUCGGAAAGAAGAAAAUAAAAAACAAUUUGUAUACUGGACGAUGUGAUCCUAUUUGUUGUUGUACUAGUAUAGUAAUAAUGGCACGUGCGAUGCGCGAUUAUGA